AUGCUCUGUCGAAAACACCGCCAAAUGCUAAAUAAAGACUCAAGUGAUAAAUCUGUGAAUCGACUAUUCAAACUAUGUCCUCAAGAAUCAGCUCAAGGUGUGUUUCGCAUCGACCAGCGAGGUCAGGACGCAGUAAUAGCUCUUGGUAUAUAUUUCCUGGAGUCUGGACUGCAGCACAGAGAUCGAAUUUUGCCUUACUUACUUCGUCUUUUGCGUGGAUUACCUAAAAUAGUAUGUCUCGAUGAAAUAAGAGUAACUCCCGGUGAACGUAUACCAGUCACUGAGAGAUUCAGCUUCUGCUUGAACACAUUGUUGAGCGACGUUGCUGCAAGAUGUGAUCCUGUUUGUGAAGAAAUAAUAUCCACCCAAGUAGAACUGCUUGCUGCGCUGACGAAUCUGAUUCGCGGAUGUAAAGACCAAAAUGGAUCCAGAGGGAUGCAAGCUAAGAUAUCGCUUUGUAAAUGUCUAGUGCCAAUUUUGAUUGGACUGGCGCGGGCAAUGGGUCGAUUUGCGUGUGUAGACCCUCCGUUACUUUGUAGAAUUUUCCCACCGCGUGGUCUACCUGUAAAUCCAUCCUGUAACGAAUCACCUCCUAACAAACGGCAUUUAAGUUUCACUAAUUUUCGUCCCAUCAUACCGCGAUCUCUCAGUGGUAAUUUGAACUCACAUUUGACGAUUGACAACGCCCAAGUUGCAUUAUCUAUACCCGAUGACUAUCAAGCAGGCAAAAGACCGUCAUUGCAGUCUUAUUUGUCGGUGCCGUAUGAUCCUUCGACUUACUUCUUCACUCGUUAUGGAUCCAGCUUCAAUCAAUUCCCUCAAAUGCGGUGUAACGAGAGUCCUGAAAAACGUACUGGGUUGUUGUUUGGUAUUGUUCAUUUGCAGAGCGUACUAGCACUUGCUAAGAAACUUUUGACUAAAGAUACACUUGAUUUUCUGGAUGAAGAAGCACAACAGGUUUAUCAUUCUGGACAAGUACAAAUAUUUCCCUACCGGUCAUUCAGCGAAACGAUGAAUCUCGUAAUGGUUGCUCUUUUGCGUGAACUUUUGCAAAACCAACGCGAUUUACCAGCACCAUUCACUAAAGAUGUACAAGAAUUUGUCAAGGGUCUUUUUUUAUCAGGACAAACUGAGCUUCAAUCUCGCCAGCAUGAUGCAAGUGAACGUGAGGAUUAUGAUACCAAUUUCCGGAUUGUCAAUCGAUUCAAAGUUAAUGUUAUGGCCAAUUCUGCCUGUGUUGAUUUACUUGUUUGGGCUAUUGGUGAUGAAACCGCUAACGGAGAAUAUGAUUUGAGCGCUCUGUACGCGGACCUAGGUUCCAUGCUGAUUGGCGAGGGUGCUGAUAGCCUUUGCAGUCGGCUAACAGAGAAAAUAAAUUCAAACCAUGGACCGACAUUAGUACUAGCACAUAUGCCUCUGCUGAUGGUGUGUCUGGAAGGUCUUGGAAAAUUAGCCCAAAAAUUUCCCAACAUCGCAAUCACUUCUACGUACAAUCUUCGGGACUUUCUUAUGAAUCCGUCACCGAUUCUCGUUAAAUUAAAUGUACAAGUAAACGAGAAGCAAGCCAAAGACAAUCAGUUCCGAGCAGUAGUUCAAGGUAAAGAAUUAGAAGAUUUGAAACAAACAGUAUCGCCAUCACAAGCUGCCUUUGAGAAACUACGAGAUGCAGCCAUUGGUAAUCUAUGUAUCGCCUUAGAAGCUGCACAAUUAGUUUACCCGAAUUGUGUUCCUGCGUUAGUCAGCAGUGCGUCAACUCGAUUGUGUAGUUUAGAAAAAAGUGACGGCUCUGAGCGUUUAACUAAUCAACUAGUAGCUGAAAAUAUAAUGAUAAUGCUUGGUCACGUCGCUGUUGCGCUAAAAGAUACUCCCAAAACGACGAGCAGUAUUUUGUCGUUCUUCGAGCAGAGUUUUUGCCGUGAUCCAAGUUCUCUGGACAGUUUGAUCGUCGACCAGCUCGGUUGCAUGAUAAUAGCAAAGUGUGAAGCCCGGAGUGAAAUAAUGAAAAUGUUCUCUGUGUCAUUGGAAUCCAGUUGCGCAGCUUUUGCUACAAACGUCGAUCGAAAACAAUAUCGACAUGUAACUGGAGCUGUUACUAAUGCAUUGGCUAACAUAGCGGCUAAUUUGCAAGGCGAAGACGAAUUAGACAAACUUCUGAAACGUCUGCUACAGCUAUUUGUAUCAAUGGGUCUAGAAGGCAAACGACAGAACGAUAAAAUGAUGACGACUGCUUUGACAACAACAAACUCCGUUAGUACUAUGACUAAAGAUACAAGUGUCGCUGGAAAUUUAGGUGCUCUUAUUCCUGUAAUAGCAAUUCUAGUACGCAGGUUACCACCAAUAAGACAACCAGAUCCACGAGUUUUGAAAUUAUUCAAAGAUUUCUGGCUGUACUGCGUGGUAUUUGGCUUUGUACCAGUAGAACCAAGUUCCACUAGAGUAUGGCCAACCGAAUGGUAUGAGGGAGUGAAGGAAAUUUCAAUAAAGUCUCCGUACUUAAUUGCCAAAACAAACGCUAAAUUGGAAAUGCGAGAACUGCAAUACACAUCGGCUGUACGAAAUGAAAGUGUAUCAAUAAGUGAGCUUCAGGAUUUACGUAAUCAGAUUCUAAGGAUGAGUAUAAGGUCGAGCGAUGUCGCGGCUUAUGUCGCUAAAAUGCAAUUUGCUCAGAUAACAUAUUUGUUAUCUGUAUAUUGGGUCGAGACACUGAGAGUCGGUAACAGUCCCGAUCCAAGUUUGCAACCAAUAAUGGAGUAUCUAAGUGAUUCAGAUUUACAAAAAGAUAAAAGCGGAAUGUGGCAAUGUAUAUGCAGCGUAGGUGAUUCAGUAUUUGCUAAAUUCAAAGAUGUGAUGCAAAAGAAACCAAAGGAUGAAAAACGUGAACGUGAACUUGAAAAUCAUGCACAAUUUCUUCUAGUCAAUUUCAAUCAUGUUCACAAACAAAUCAGACGUGUUGCUGACAAAUAUUUGAGCGCGCUCGUCGACGCUUUUCCUCAUCUUCUAUGGAAUUGUCGAGUGCUCUGGAGUAUGCUGGAUAUAUUGCAGGUGCUGGCUUUUUCGCUUCAGUUGGAUCCUAAUGAAGAAACGCCGACACUUCACAUACCCGGAACCCCUUACAAUAUUCAUUUGAUGGAUACAUUGGAAGCAAGAGCCAAAAUAGUCGACGACUUUGCCGCUAGAUGCAAAGAAAUAAUUCAAGAAGCCAUGAAAUGGGCUCCACAUGCCGUGAGGUCGCAUUUACAAGAGUAUAUCAACCAGAUUCCAUCCUCAGGAAUGUGGCAUCACACUGGACUAGCUUUAGCGACGGAUUCUGUUCUAGAAUUCAUCGAUCUCGCUACACCUUCAACUGGACCCGGAAAUACUAACUCCUUGGACAAAAGACGUGACAACAAAAGUGCCAGUUCUUGGCUGCUAUCAAUGAUGUCCAGACGUUCGUGGUACGCCGGUGAAGUGACAGGAAUGCUGGCUCUUGCACGUGCAGAAUCUCCCAGCAGCGAGACGUCUCCAGAUGAAGGUAGAAGUAUCGUAAUAGAACGUGUAAUUUCAGCAGUUCGUCAUACCUGUCAAAGUCGCAACGACAAUUUGCAUCAAAGUGCUUUGUGGCGUGCAACUGCGCUGUUGAUUUCUAUGCCAGGACUUCACAGGAGAUUACUUCACGUAGUAGCCAGCUCACAGACCGAAUUAUUUACACACACAGCAAUGUUAACCGCAGUUGAGUGCUGGCAGUGGAUUUUAACAGCUCGGCCUGACUUAAAACUUCGUUUUCUUCAAGAAAUGCUAGCAGCUUGGCAGCACACCGUCGACAAAAAAAUGGGUCUAUUCUCCCCAGAAACAGACGAAGUCAAUCCUCUGGCAGUUUACGAAGGCUGUGAAUUGUCGCCUAACCCUCCUUAUGUAAAACCACAUGAAAUUUGGAUAACAUUCAUUAUCGAGUUGAUCGAAACAGCUAAAUACUGCUGCCAAGAAACAGUUGAAAUGAUCGCAAUGCUUUUACACCGCUCGUUACCCAUGACUGUUGGUACGGCAUCUAGUGGUCCAAAUUUGAAUCGACAGAUAGCUGCUGUUGGAGCUCGUUUCAAGCUACUUUGCUGUGGAUUAUUACUUCUUCAAGGUGACACUCUUUCGAAAUCUCUCAGCAAAAACGUUUUGCGUGAGCGAGUUUACUACAAUUGCUUGGAUUACUUCUGUCGGGAGCGGCAAACUCCUACCCAGGAACCCGAACAAAUGCGUGAGGAUCUUGUCACAUUGAUGCGAUUUUGGCAAGUAAUGCACAGUGACAAGAAGUACUUAAUGAUGACCGGAGAAGCAGACUUUGAAAUGCUGAUCGAACAGCAGACUAAUUUAGCCUCUAUAGAACCGGCUACGCCAAUGAAUUCAUUGACUCCCACGUCACGUGAUAUGAAACAGCAGUCGAGUACUUGGAUUAACACAGUUCCUUUGUCAUCCAGCAGCACCGCACUGGGAAAACGAAGCAAUCGAAGCAAAAGAAUCCUUCACGGUAACGUGAUAGUCAAAGACUACAUAAAAAAGCGUAACUUGAUUCUAGAAUUACUGGCCGUUGAAAUAGAAUUGCUGGUUGUAUGGCAUAAUCCUGGUGGUAGAGCAGAGUUAAGUAUCCCAGGUGAAGCUUCUAUCGCUGAGUGGCGAGCUAAGUCAAUGAACGAACGCUGGCGAGACUGCACUCGUCUUGCUUGGGACAUCAGUCCAGUUUUAGCAGUUUUUCUUCCAGUUAGACUGAAAAAUUCUGAUACUAUCAUCAAAGAAGUAUGUCGGUUGGUGAGACUCAAACCAGUGCCUGUUAUGCAUGUUCCUGAAGCUCUCCAGUAUCUUGUCACGACUGAUACUCUUUUGAAUGACGCUCCUGAGCUCGUUUAUAUGCUGACUUGGGCUCGGGUAUCGCCGAUUCAAGCACUCGCUUAUUUCUCACGUCAGUUUCCUCAUCACCCAAUCUCAGCGCAGUACGCUGUAAGAGUUCUCAGCAGCUAUCCAGCCGAUGCUGUUCUAUUUUACAUUCCUCAGCUGGUGCAAGCCGUUCGACACGAUACUAUGGGAUACGUUAUAGAAUUUAUUAAAGCCAUUUCUAAGAGAUCGCAGGUGGUUGCGCAUCAACUGAUAUGGAAUAUGCACACCAACAUGUAUAUGGACGAGGAUAAGCAAAUUAAAGAUCCGGAUCUUUUUGACACACUUGAUGGAUUAGUCAAGUCUAUUCUGGGCUCAUUAUCGGGGCCAGCUAAACAAUUUUAUGAACGCGAGUUCGACUUCUUCGAGAAGAUCACAAAUAUUUCUGGAGAGAUAAGGAAUUAUCCGAAAGGGCCUGAAAGACGUGAAGCUUGUUUGAAGGCACUGCGUAAGAUAUCCGUUCAACCUGGAUGUUAUCUUCCGUCGAAUCCUGAAGCUAUGGUGAUUGAUAUUGAUUACAACAGCGGUAACCCUAUGCAGAGUGCGGCGAAAGCACCCUUCUUAGCAAGAUUCCGAGUCCAACGAUACGGAAUAAAAGAAUUGGAAAAUAUCGCGAUGGCUGUGUCAGCAAACGCCAAAGUUGAAACAAAGUGUGCUGGAUUAGAGACAUGGCAAGCUGCUAUAUUCAAAGUUGGAGAUGAUGUUCGACAGGAUAUGCUGGCUCUUCAAGUUAUUAGUAUCUGCAAAAAUGUAUUCCAAAAAGUUGGAUUAAAUUUGUUCCUCUUUCCUUAUCGGGUAGUCGCUACUGCUCCGGGGGUAUGUAAUUUUAUUUAUUUUUAAUUACAUUAAAGUUAACAGUCACUUGAUCAUUUUUUUAUUUUAUUUAACAAAAAAAUUGCAUUUUUAAUUUUUAAAAACUUCUACGUCAUUUUUUUUUGCCAUAAUUUAUUUGCUUCAAACGUUCUAAAAAUGAUCAAAUAUCUGCUAAAUUAAUUUUCAUUUAUUCUCAAUAAUUUAUUACAAAAAAAGAAAACAUUAUACCAACAUUAGUAAAAUUUAUUAUGAUAUGAUAUUAAAUUAAUAUUAUUAUUUCAAUAGUGUGGAGUGAUAGAAUGUGUACCUAAUGCCAAAUCAAGAGACCAAUUGGGACGUACAACAGACUUUGGGAUGUACGAAUACUUUUUAGCAAGAUACGGAUCUGAGACGAGUAAAGAAUUCCAAACAGCUCGCCGUAAUUUUAUAAAAUCAAUGGCUGCAUACAGUGUCAUUACUUAUUUGUUACAAAUAAAAGACCGACACAAUGGAAAUAUUAUGUUGGACGAUGAAGGUCAUAUUAUUCACAUUGAUUUUGGAUUCAUGUUUGAAAGUUCACCAGGAGGAAAUCUUGGAUUUGAACCUGAUAUAAAACUUACUGAUGAAAUGGUACUUGUGAUGGGUGGUAAAAUGGAAGCAGCUCCAUUCCGAUGGUUUAUGGAGCUCUGCGUCGAGGCAUUCUUAGCCAUCAGACCUUACCAAGAAGCAAUUAUUUCUCUAGUUUCCCUUAUGUUGGACACCGGAUUACCCUGCUUUCGUGGUCAAACAAUAAAAUUACUACGCAGUCGUUUCGCACCUAUGGCUACUGAUCGUGAAGCUGCAAUAUUUAUGUUGAAUGUUAUACGCAACAGUUUCCUGAAUUUCCGUACCAAGACUUAUGACAUGAUACAGUAUUACCAAAAUCAAAUUCCAUAUUAA